AUGUUCGCAAGGUCCAGCCUGCGGUCCACGCGGGCGUUUGCCGGCAUCAAUGUCACCAAGCGCGCCACUUCUACGAGCUCCGGUGCCGCCGAGGCCUCGCCCCUGCGCCUGAACAUCGCUGCCGCCGCGUCCACUGCCGUCGCCAUCGGCUCGGCUGCCUGGUACUACCACCUUUACGGCCCUGUUGCCCAGGCGUCGGCACCGGCAGAGGAGGGUCUCCACCCCGCCAAGUACCCCUGGGUCCACGAGCAGAUGUUCAAGACCUUUGACCACCAGGCUCUGCGCCGUGGUUUCCAGGUCUACCGCGAGGUCUGUGCCGCCUGCCACUCGCUCAACCGUAUUCCCUUCCGCACUCUGGUCGGCUCCGUCCUGACCGUCGACGAGGCCAAGGCUUUGGCUGAGGAGAACGAGUACGACGCCGAGCCCAACGACCAGGGUAUCAUCGAGAAGCGUCCCGGCAAGCUGUCGGACUACCUGCCCGACCCGUACCCGAACGAGGAGGCCUCGCGUUUCGCCAACGCCGGUGCCCUGCCGCCUGAUCUGUCGCUGAUUGUCAAGGCUCGCCACGGUGGCUGCAACUACAUCUUCUCGCUGCUGACUGGCUACCCCGAGGAGCCUCCCGCAGGCGCCCAGGUUGGUGCUGGCCUCAACUUCAACCCCUACUUCCCCGGCACCGGCAUCGCCAUGGCCCGUGUUCUGUUCGACGGCCUCGUCGAGUAUGAGGACGGUACCCCGGCUUCGACGUCUCAGAUGGCCAAGGAUGUCGUCGAGUUCCUGAACUGGGCGGCCGAGCCCGAGAUGGACGACCGGAAAAAGAUGGGCAUGAAGGUGCUUGUUGUGACGUCGGCUCUGUUCGCCCUCAGCGUUUGGGUCAAGCGGUACAAGUGGGCCUGGCUGAAGUCGCGGAAGAUCGUCUACGACCCUCCCAAGGGCUCGUCGGGUGGUCACUAA